UUCCAGCAGGCCUUGCGCGCGCGAAUAUGGCGGCGUCCAGGUGGAGGUCUUGAGGAAACUAAGUCGGGAUGGCGUUGGCGUCGGGGCACGCGAGGCGUGCACUGGCUCGCCCUGGGCCGCUCGGUCUUGGGGGCUGCGGGACCCCGACACGCGGGGCGUACGAGUGGGGCGUGCGCUCCACGCGGAAGCGCGAGCCUCCUCCCCUGGACAGGGUGUACGAGAUCCCUGGACUGGAGCCCAUCACCUACGCUGGGAAGAUGCACUUCAUGCCCGGGCUGGCGCGGCCGGUCUUCCCACCCUGGGACCCUGGUUGGACGCACCCAAAGUUCCGCCGCCCAACCCCGAUUCACGAGCAGCCGCUGUACAAGGAUCGGGCCUGCUACGUCUUCCACCACCGUUGCCGCCUCCUCGAGGGUGUAAAGCAGGCCCUGUGGCUAACCAAGGCCAAAUUAAUAGAAGGCCUUCCCAAGAAAGUGCUUAGCCUUGUUGAUGAUCCAAAGAACCACAUAGAGAACCAAGAUGAACGCAUUCUGAAUGUGAUCUUUCACGCCCGUCUUUGGCACUCCACUGAAGACACCCCCAAGAGAGAGACCUACUGCCCAGUCAUUGUGGACAGUCUGAUACAGCUGUGUAAAUCCCAGAUUCUCAAGCAUCCCUCUCUGGCCAGGCGGAUCUGUGCCAAAAACUACACGUUAUCCACCACCUGGAAUCGAGAGUCUUUUCUCCUUCAGGUCCGUGGUUCUAGUGGAGCCCGACUGAAUACCAAGGAUCCGCUGCCCGCCAUCGCCUCCAAGGAGGAGGUUGAAGCUACUAAGAAUCAUGUUCUUGAGACUUUCUAUCCCAUAUCACCCACUAUUGAUCUUCAGGAAUGCAAUGUUUAUGAUGUGAAAGACAACACAGGAUUCCAGGAGGGCUAUCCUUACCCCUAUCCCCACACCUUAUAUUUCCUGGAGACAGCCAGUUUACGACCACACCGCCUUCAACCAGAUCACCUGCGGGCCAAGAUGAUCCUGUUUGCCUUUGGCAAUGCCCUGGCUCAGGCCCGGCACCUCUAUGGGAGUGACACUAAAGUUUUGGAGCAGCCGGUAGUUGUGCAGAGCGUGGGCACCGAUGGACGUGUCUUCCAGUUCCUGGUGUUACAGCUGAACACCACAGACCUGGCCUCUAACGAGGGCGUCAAGAAUCUGGUCUGGGUGGACUCAGACCAGCUCCUCUAUCAGCAUUUUUGGUGUCGCCCAGUGAUCAAAAAGAAGGUGGUGGUGGAACCUGUUGGGCCGACUGGUUUCCAGCCAGAGACAUUCAGGAAGUUUUUAGCUCUGUAUUUGCAUGGUGCCGUGUGAGCCAAGGACCACUCUGAGUCUGAAGCCCCCUUGCCCCUCCUGUGGAAGAUCCUGCAUCCAGGGCAGUGACUGCCCGGAGCCUGAGUGCUCCCUUGUCCCCUGGUCUGGCUGCCAAUAAAGAGCCCUUGAGAGGCACUGGGGCCUAUGCCCGGUGUGGGGUGCUGUCAGAAGGGUCUCCUGUGGCUGCGUGUAGGUGGCAUCCUGAGCAGGUGCAGUCCUGGGAGCCUGACUGCCUGACCCUAAGCUCGGCUCUGCCCGUGGUCCAUUUUGACUUUAGAGAAGAGCCUUUGUCUCUUUGAGUUUCACCUUCUUCACCUGAAACUUGAGGAUAACGUGACCUCCUUGUUCUGAAGACUGUAGAUGGUGUGCACCUAGCAUCUGCCACGUAAUAGGUGCUCUCUGACACUUGGGCGAUCUUACGGGACUCCUUGAAUUGUGGGCUCAUUCCAUAAUGACUGCGGGAAAUCUGAAGAGAGUAUUCAUUGUAGGUUUCUCCUUAGCAUCUGGGUUAAUGGAAUAACGUCUGUGGUUCAGCUGGCCUCUAUUCACAUAGCAUCCAGGUCCUGCUCUGGGCCCGGCACCUUACACACCGCAUCCUAUUUACUCCUCACACAGCUCUUGCAAGGUCAUUGUUUCUGUAUUCACGAAAGAUGCUGGGUGCCUACCGUGUGCUGGGCAGUGUUCUGGGCCCUCAAAAUAAGGGACC